AUGUCGAGUUCCAUUUGCAGAGCUCUCUUCAUCCUCUCAUUGCUCUACUUCUCCUCAGUCUCUGCUUUCGCAGAAAAUGAAGGUCUUUUCAUGAAGAUGUACAAAAACUUUUGCCCUCCUCAAGCUGAAGACAUGAUCAAAGAGCAAGUCCAGCUUCUCUGCAAUCGCCACAAAAGCACUGCUUUCUCGUGGCUCUUCGAUGAUUGCUUUGUCGAGUCACGUGAUGCAUCAUCGCGUUUGCUUGACUCACCGAGGAGGGUGAUGUUCGAGAACAUCAAAAACGUUCAAGAGAGAGAUUGUCCCGGUGUCGUCUCCUGCUCUGAUAUUCUCAUGCUUUCUGCCAUCGUCGCUGUAAGGAUUUCUUAUUUGUCUCAUGCAAAAAAUCCUAUAUCUAAAAUGUGUAUCUGUAUCAUGUUUUGUUUUUUAUCUUUCCUACCACAGAACGAGAGCCUGAAAGUCGUCCUUGACCGCUUGGCCAGCAUCGGGAUCAACACGGCCGGUGGCGUCGCCCUACUCGCCUCCCACAGCGCGGGGCGCACCUACUGCAUGAAGCUAGCGCACCGCCUCUACCCGGACCGGGUGGAGCAAAGGUGCCCCCACCGGAUCCCCGAAGCCGUACAAUACGUGAGGAACGACCGCGGCGCGCCCAUGAAGCUUGACAACAACUACUACAGGAACAUUCUCGACAACAAGGGCUUGAUCAUCGUCGACCGCCUCCUCGCGACCGACGAGAGGACCAAGCCCUAUGUCGAGAAGAUGGCGAUGAGCCAAGACUACUUUUUCAUGGAAUUUGCUCGAGCCAUCGCCCUUCUCGCCGAGAACAACCCUCUCACCGGCAUCCAACACGAGAUCCAAGAGUGGUGCGAUCUUCGUUGAGUGAUGAUCACCUCUUCUUGUUUGGGAUGUUUUUGGAAAAUAAGGAUGGUGGCAAUGUAAUUAUGUUUGAUUUUGUGUGGGUGUGUUUUUUUAAAUGACGUUCUCUCUAUACAUCGAUAUGGAACAUUUGUUUGUUUCAUUUGCUACCUGUGUAUGUAAGGAAAAGGAGGUGUUGGUAUUUGUUUGUUUCAUUUGUUACAUGUGUA